AUGCCAGCCAAGGCAAAAUUCUUUGCUAUGGAUGUGGCUUGCAAAUAUUGGCCAUACUUGGAAAAAGCUGCUCGAGUCCUUCCUGCCCUUCAGGAGCUCACCGAAAUGAAACCCUUCCUCAGCAUAAUGCAUGCUCGAGCCCAUGCUACAAAGUGUGAGAUUAAAUGGAGUGGUAGGAACCAGGAAGGAGCAGGAACAACAGCCGGAGAGGAGGUGGAGCAAGUGAACAGCUACCUGUCACGUUGUGCCCUGACUACCAAAUAUAUGUCCAAAGCAGCACGGGUGGACAUGGUUACUUUGCAUGCAGUGGGGUGGAACCACAAAAAAAGUCUCUCUCUACAUCAGGCACUUUCCACAAGAUAUGUGAAGACUUGUCAGAGACUCCAGGAUGAGACUACAAGGCUAGAUGAACUCAAAGCAGAGCUACACUGCACAGAUGAAUUGGUGUCACAGUGGCUCUCUGAUGUGAAGGAAUGGGCAGCUGAUGAGACACCAGAUACAUCUCAUGCCAGUCAAGGCACCACACCCAGAGGACUUCAGCAGUCAAUUGAGGGUCUUUACCUUAGUGUGAGGCAGCGGAAGCAAACCCUCUACCGUCAGAAUGACAGCAGCAAGUUUCGCCACCGCCUUCGAAGGAAGCUGGCAGAAGACAAAAAACACCUCCUUCAGGAGAUCCAGCACUACAAUGGUCUUGUACAAGACUCUGCCACAAACAUAGAUGUAGCUACUGUGGAGCAUUCCCUUAAUGGAGAGAACAAUGUGUCUCAAAUAUGGCCAUGGGAGGUUCAUGGCAGUGCCAACAUUUCAAUCAAGAAACAAUUGCAUGACCAAGUGAUGUUGGCGAUGCGACUGCAAGAGGAAAAAAGCAUUUUGGUAUUGGAGAUGGCACAACACUGCACAUGGUUGCAGAGCCUGGCAGUGGUUCUCAAGAACAAGAUGGCUGAGGAGGAUGUAGACAAGGGAAAUGAGGGACUUUGCUGUCUCUUAAGAAGACGACUGUCAGAGGUGUCGGAACAGUUGCAAGUUGUCCUCCAACAGUACAAGACUGCUUUAGGUCCUGAGGCCUCUGUCCUUCUACAUGUUGAAGCAGAAGAUCCAAGUGGCCUCAGUAGUCCAGACACCAGUGAGGAUGAAGAGGAAAACACAGUUUAGAUGGAAGGACUGUGUUGAAGGAAAUGGACUCGCCUUAUAUCUGUAUAUUAUUAGUAUGCUGAUUGAUUAAUCACAUCAAAAUAUUUAUGCAUCCUAUAUUGUUGAAAAUUCAACCUUUUCUUGACAAUUUAUGUCACUGUCUUUUUUUGUGUUUUACAAGCACAUUGUACAUUGGUACAGCAGAUUUAGAUAAUACAUUCAGUGCUUGUAUAAUGCAUUAGAUUGUAUGUAACAGAAAAAUACACUGUUCUGUAUGCUAUGAUUAUACUUUAUAUUGUAUAUUAUUACAGUUGACAGAUAACUUGUUUCCCUGUUUUGUUGGUGCUUUUCAAGUUACCUCAACCUCAGUCCAGUGUCAUUAAAUACAACCUUAUGACAUGUGUGACAAAUAUGCAUUUGGUGUAUUUUCAAUAAAUUAUUUCCAAAGAUGA